GCGUCGAAAAUUAAACAGCUCGCCGUUACUCGUCAAUCGUUCUGAUACCAUUGCAACUCAACUCGUUCCAACGCAAGGUGUCCGAUAGCAUUGUUCAAUUGCCCAGCUUGACUGCCAGCACUCUUCACAGCGUUCUAGUGAGCCUCGAGACUCGCCUCCUCUAGGUCCAAGCCACGUCAAACCGUAGUAUUUCUCGACAACUUCAACAUGCGUGAAAUCCUCUCCAUCCACCUCGGCCAGGGCGGUAUCCAGGUCGGUAACGCCUGCUGGGAGCUCUACUGCCUCGAGCACGGCAUUCAGCCCGAUGGCCAGAUCCCCAGCGACUCCAGUGCCAAGGGAGACGACUCGUUCUCCACCUUCUUCUCCGAGACAGGCUCGGGCAAGCACGUGCCGCGUGCCGUGUUCGUGGACUUGGAGCCCACAGUGUGUGACGAAGUCCGCACGGGCACCUACCGUCAGCUGUAUCACCCGGAGCAGAUCAUCUCGGGCAAGGAAGACGCGGCCAACAACUACGCGCGUGGCCACUACACGAUCGGAAAGGAGGUCGUGGACCAGGUGCUCGAUCGCAUUCGCAAGCUUGCGGAUUCUUGCACCGGUCUGCAAGGUUUCAUGGUAUUUAACGCCGUGGGCGGUGGCACCGGUUCCGGAUUCGGAUCCUUACUACUCGAGCGUCUUUCGGUCGACUAUGGUCGCAAAUGCAAACUUGGUUUCACGAUUUACCCGUCACCGCUGCUAUCUGCAGCAAUAGUAGAGCCCUACAACUCGGUACUCUCGACUCACUCUCUUCUUGAGCACACGGAUGUUGCGAUUAUGCUGGACAACGAAGCCAUCUACGAUAUCUGCCGUCGUUCGCUGGGUGUCGAACGACCAACGUACACAAACCUCAAUCGGUUGAUCGCACAAGUGAUUUCUUCCUUGACCACAUCGCUGCGCUUCGAUGGGUCUCUUAACGUUGACAUCACUGAGUUCCAGACCAACCUGGUGCCGUACCCGCGUAUCCACUUCAUGCUCAGCUCGUAUGCUCCGGUUAUCUCGGCUGAGAAGGCCUACCACGAGCAGCUGUCAGUAGCCGAGAUCACUAACAGCGCCUUCGAGCCGACCUCCAUGAUGGCCAAGUGCGACCCUCGUCACGGCAAGUACAUGGCCACGUGCCUCAUGUACCGCGGUGACGUCGUCCCGAAGGAUGUGAAUGCCGCUGUGGCCACCAUCAAGACCAAGCGUACUAUUCAAUUCGUCGACUGGUGCCCGACCGGUUUCAAGUGCGGUAUCAACUACCAGCCUCCGACGGUUGUGCCUGGUGGCGACCUGGCGCGCGUGCAGCGUGCGGUGGCCAUGAUCUCGAACACCAGCGCCAUUGCUGAGGUGUUCUCCCGCAUCGACCACAAGUUUGACCUGAUGUACGCCAAGCGUGCGUUCGUCCACUGGUUCGUGGGCGAGGGAAUGGAGGAAGGCGAGUUCUCGGAGGCUCGUGAGGACCUCGCUGCUCUGGAGAAGGACUACGAGGAGGUGUCGGCCGAGACGGCCGAGGGUGAGAUGACGGAUGAGGCAUUCGGUGACGAGUAUUAA